CCACCUAUAAUAAAAGUAAUGUUUUUUCGUGUAAUGAACGUACCUUCCGACAUUUUCUUUAUUCUUUAAGCAAAAGCUUGAACCACCUCCACCUCCAUCUUCACCUUCUUCUUCUUCUACUGGUUCUGGAUCUUCCUCUGUCUUCAUUCUCCUGCUAGGGUUUCAUUUUCUCUCUGGUAUUUAUGCUCAAUGUUCUAUUGAUUCGACCUGUACUAAUCCUUCUCAAGCUUUGAAUUAGUUUUGGAAGGAUCGACAAUGGUGGAUUCUGGACCAGUAACGCCUGGGCAGGUGGGUGAAGUUGUAAAUGGGCUUCGAAGAAAAAUCUGUGGUUAACAAGUGAGGAAUAACAUCUAUAUGGAUCCUGCUCAGAAGUUCUCCUUGCUGCUGUUAUUUCUUGGAUUGGUCUAUGUAUUAGCGAGCGCCUCUUCUCUUAAGUAUGAUUUUGGGCAUUGCGAAAGAGUUGUCCAGGAAUGGGCUUUUUCUUCUCUUGAAGAAGAAAUCAAAGCAGACAAACACACAUUAAGGGAUUUGCUGUUCUUCCUACACAUCCCUAGAACAGGAGGACGGACAUAUUUUCAUUGUUUUUUGAGAAAGUUGUAUCCUAACUCUUUGGAAUGCCCCCGAUCUUAUGAUAAACUGCGAUUUGAUCCAAGAAAGCGCAAAUGCAGGUUUCUGGUUACUCAUGAUGACUACAGCAUGGUAUCCAAACUUCCAAAGCAGAGCACGUCAGUAGUGACAAUACUCAGGGAUCCAGUUGACCGUGUCUUUAGUACUUAUGAAUUUUCAAUAGAAGUAGCAGCUAGGUUUUUGGUGCAUCCUAAUUUAACUUCUGCAACACAAAUGGCUAAACGAUUGCGUGCUAAAACAACUGGUGUAAGCACACUGGAUAUAUGGCCCUGGAAAUAUUUGGUUCCAUGGAUGAGGGAAGACCUUUUUGCUUGUAGAGAUACUAGAAAGCAUAGGGGCUUAAAUGACAUCAUGAGCAGUGACCCAUAUGACACGCCGGAGAUUGCUAUGCCAUUGCAUGAGUACAUUCAUGAUCCUAUUGCUCAUGACAUAGUUCACAAUGGAGCAACAUUUCAGGUUGCAGGUUUGACAAACAACUCCUAUACUCCAGAAUCACAUUUUGUGCGCCAUUGUGUGCAAAAGUACAAGGUUCUUGGUCAUCAUGUGCUUCAAGUAGCAAAGAAAAGAUUAGAUGAUAUGUUAUAUGUUGGUCUUACUGAAGAACACAGAGAAUCUGCAACCAUGUUUGCAAAUGUAGUUGGUUCGCAAGUGAUUUCCCAGCUCAGAGCAUCAAGUUCAAAAACAAAGGGAAGUGCUGGCAAGAAAUCAGGCUGCUUUUAGAAUCUCAUGCAGUUUACUACACAAAAAAUCCCUUCUUGCAACACAUAAGGAGCGCCUAGCAACCUUGAAGGAAAUGGGAGUUUCAAGCUGUGUGAAAGAAGCAGGCAUUGGAUUUAUGAUGGCUCCAACAUAUCAUCCAGCAAUGAAGCUUGUCCGCUCAGACAGGAAAAAGCUGAAAGUAAAAACUGUAUUUAAUAUAUUGGGCCCUAUGUUAAACCCAGCAAGAGUACUGUAUGUUGUUGUGGGUGUCUAUGCAGAAGAUUUGAUGUGACAAGCGAAAUAGAAAAAUGAUACUUAAUUUUGAAGGCUUUGUGUUGGGCAGCUGUAGAAUAUUUUGUGCUGAAAGUAGUAACUUUUCAAUAUGUUGAGUAUUUAAGAUUACUUGAAUACUUAAAGAACAUUUUGUUGUUGAUGACAGUGUUGAAUGUUUUAAACUAAUUUGUGGAUUGUUAAUACAAUGUUGAAUGUUUUUAUUUUUUGUUAUUUGAAAAUCAAGUUCAUUUGA